AGCAGCGGCGCCCAGGUUCACGCCGUCUUGCGGCAGGCCAUAGCUACAGAUCGCACAUGACGGCCUGUUGUAUCCCUGCCCAUGUUAAAAAGAAGAAAGUCACGUCCCCGACAGCCACCGAUACAACGCCAUCCUUCGAAUCCCUUCGCGACCCCCCAUCCACACAACUCUUGCCCGGGGGAUCGCCUGAACCUCACCGCACGUCACCCUUAGAUGGCCGAUUUUUCGGCGUACCAACGGGGUGCCGGGCAAACCUUCUAUCCACAGCACGCGCAAAACACUCUCCAUCAGCGGAGUCUCCCCAACCGUGCGCGGUCGCCCACCAACAGCGGCCGGAUACCCUUCAAUAACCCGGAUACACCCUCUCCCUCGCGCUCCCCUGGCCCCCAGUCUCCGCAAUCGUACGCUAUGUUCAACCAGGGACAUGGGCACCAGGGGCACAACGUGAUGAUGAAUGGAGGGCAGAGCCAGCAUCAGCGAUAUGCGAUGCAGAUGAAUCUAGGAAAACCUUUUCAGCACAGCCAAAACCACCAGCACCACACACACAACACGCACCAUCAACAGCAAGAUCAUGGUGGAGCUAAUCAUGGGAACCAAUACAAUCAUCAACAUACAAUUUCGAGCGGUGGACUUUCUAAUGCUCAGCCUCACUUCGCGCCAGGUCACCUCCAGAACGGGACUCCAGGCAGCGUGCACAGCGGACUGAGCAAGCCUCCUAACGAGCAUUGGGCCGAGCAGCUGCAACUGGCACAACGCGCGCGAGAAAUGACACAGUCGCACUCACAUGCGCGUAACCAUCCGAGUGUCAACAAGAGCGUGGUAGCUGGUACAACCAAUGGGAUACAGAAGGAAGUGGAGAAAGAGGAACGUAAUCGACCAGCAGCACAACGGGCUGAAGACGUAAAGGAGAACCACAUCUGGACGGUGCUCGACUUCGGUGGUCAGAGUCUCAAGGUUGCCACUCCGGCAUUGUUCCAAUACACUUUUCUCACGAAACUGUAUCUGAAUACCAACAAGUUGACGUUCCUGCCCGCAACCAUUGGGAAGCUUCGGAACCUCACACACCUGGAUGUGUCCCUCAACGAGCUCCGAAUGCUCCCUCCAGAGAUCGGCAUGUUGGUGAACCUCAAGCAGCUCCUUCUCUUCGACAACAACCUAGAUACUCUCCCAUUCGAGCUAGGCUCACUGUAUCAGCUUGAGAUGCUUGGUAUUGAGGGCAAUCCGCUCCCGGAUGACUUCAAGUCAAUCAUUAUCGAACAUGGUACGGUCGAGCUAAUAAAGUAUUUCCGUGAAAACGCUCAAGGCCCUGAUCCACCACCUGAGCGGGACUGGGUUGUUCUCGAUGAUAUCACCGAUCCUUCGCAAGAGACAAUUACUGCGCUCAGCUACAACAUCCUGUGCGACAAGUACUGCACUCAAUCCCAGUAUGGGUACACGCCAAGCGCCGCACUAUCUUGGGAUCAUCGAAAAGAGACCAUCCUUGCCGAGCUUCGAGAGCGGAAUCCCGACAUCAUCUGCCUUCAAGAAAUUGAUCAAGAAAGCUUUAAUGAAUUCUUCCGGGGGGCUUUAGCUCACAAUGACUACAAGGGAGUAUUCUGGCCCAAAGGGCGAGCGAAAACCAUGGCAGAAAAGGAGGCCAAACUCGUCGAUGGCUGUGCUAUUUUCUACAACAACAGCAAAUACAUUCUACUGGAAAAGCAGCUCAUCGACUUCUCGAACAUCGCAAUCAAUCGGCCAGACAUGAAAGGUGAACAUGACAUAUUCAAUCGAGUCAUGCCCAGGGAUGACGUUGCUGUGGUCACAUUUUUGGAGAACCGUGCGACAGGGUCAAGAUUGAUUGUUGGGAACGUUCAUGUCUUCUGGAACCCUUCAUUCACCGACGUCAAGCUAGUCCAGGUCGCAAUCUUGAUGGAACAAAUAUCCAAACAUGCCGACAGAUGGGCCAAGUUUCCACCUUGUACCGAUAAAGUGGUGUACCGAUUCCAAAAUGGAGAUGGAGAAGAGGACCAGGAGUUACCCGACACGACACAGGAGCCAGGUCCCUCUAUGGAAUAUUCGAAAGGUUCCCAGAUUCCCCUAUUGCUAUGUGGCGACUUCAACUCGCUUCCAACGUCCGGCAUCUACGAGCUCAUCACUCAUGGCGCUCUCCCCAACUCACACAAAGACCUUGGCAGUCGAAGGUACGGCAACUUCACAAGGGACGGCAUCUCCCACCCCUUCAGCCUCAAGUCAAGUUACUCUGCGAUCAACGAGUUGGCUUUCACCAAUUACACCCCCAACUUCGUCGGUGUUCUCGACUAUAUCUGGUACUCUGCGAAUACGCUGCAAGUGGUCGGACUCCUUGGCGAUGUGGACAAGGAUUAUCUACAGCGUGUGCCUGGGUUCCCGAAUUGGCACUUCCCGAGCGACCAUUUGGCUUUGUACGCACAAUACCUUGUCAAGGGCCGGAAAGAGAAGAAACAGGUCAUCGAGCCCGACUUCGGACCCAGCAGCCGAGACCGCGAUCGCAGGACCUAAAAGUCGUCGCCCCGAGACCUUGAACAACUGCAAACAACCCCAGAUGACUUCUCAAACAUAGCUCUCUCUGAUGGCCUGGUAAUCUCUUUGGAAAUGUUCAUAAGGCGCGUGUAUUGUGGGAGUUCUCGUUGCUCGUUUCCGGCGUCAUGUUUUUGCUCCAGGUGUCAGGUUUUCCAAGUCUCCUG